AUGAGAUCUUAUGAAAGACUAUCAUCAUCAUCGAGUGAAGAAACAAAUAAAAAGUCAUUUAGUAGUGACAAAGACAAUAUUCUAGAACCAUUUGUAUCUGAAGAAGGAACAUCGUUAGUAGACCAACAACACCACCACCAACAGGGCAAUACUGACACCACCACGACAAUGGAAACCACUCCCCAUUCUACAUCAAGAAUACCGUCAUUAAACGAAGAUACUAGACUUUCUUCAUCUUCCGAACUGAUGCCAAUACAAUCAUCAUCAUCAGCAACCGCGCCAUCAUCAAAUAGAUCAGAGCAAAGAGAUUUAGAAGAUUUAGAACUGCAGACUCCACCUAGAUUAACCACUAAGCAACGAAUACAAAGAGUGUUGCACCAUUUUUUUCCUGUUAGACAAACAUAUGAAAGAAUAAACAAUGGAUUAACCACUGGAAGAAUGCAAACCAACAACGGAAGAUUUAUUGGUCAAGGUACCGAUGGGGUUUUCCGGAACUUGAUGGCAAAACCGGAUACUGAAGAAAUGCGACAACAACAAGAGUUAAACCCUCCAAGUUAUGAAGAAGCAGCAGCCGAUGCAUCACCAGAAUAUUGGGAACUGACAAUGAUAUCUCCCAUGUAUGAAGAUGAAGUAUUUGUUCAAGGUUUACCCGUGGGUAAUAUUGCCAAUUUUGUAUGGAACGCCUUGGUAUCAGUAGCAUUUCAAUUUGUUGGAUUUAUCUUGUGUUAUUUACUUCAUACAUCUCAUGCUGCUAAACAAGGUUCACGAGCAGGUUUAGGAAUAAAUCUAAUUAUGUAUGGUUGGAAUUUGGUACCACAAAAUUUCGGUCAUCCUGAUAAAUUGCCGAAAAAAUAUCAACCGGAAAACCCUAAUGAUUUUGAUAUUAAUAAAUCAACCAAAAUAUCUGGCAAAGUUGAUGGAUAUAACUCAGGGAUAUUCAUACAGAAUUCAAAUGCCGACACUAAGGAUAGUAAUGGAGGUGAUUGGUUAGGUGGUUCAGGGAGUGCCCCUUAUGUUGCUUAUGGAUUGAUUGCCUUUGGAUUAUUUAUAAUAUUAAAAUCAUUGGUUGAUUAUUAUCGUGUUAAACAGUUGGAACGUGCCAUUUUAAAUCCACCUUCAAAUAUGCCGGUUAAUACAAACUCGAUUACAGGGGUAGUUGAUGAGAUUGACGAGGAAAACCGUCAUCGAGAGCAACAACAACAACAACAACAACACCAACACCAAGAGGAAGAAGAACUUUAUUCUCAUCAGCAUCGAAAUCACGAUGAUCAUUAA